UUUUAAAAUCAUUUUAUAAAACUGUCACUGUGCACUAAAACGCAUUUUAAAAUAUGUUUAUUAAAAACACAUUUCUACAUACAGCCGUUGCUCUUCUUUGCCAUUUAACGGUUCCCAUAGUUACUAAAUGUUUUCAAAAGUGCUUUUAGUUUCACGGUCUGCACUGUUUGUUGAUUUAUUUUGGUUGUGGGAAACAAACGUGAGGACUCUGAAGGUUUUUAAUUUUCUUUAAGUGCUUUUAUAAACGUAAACUUUUACUUAUGCAUCUCUGUUGUCAAUAUGAAUCCACCUGUUGGCUGUGCCGAGAAAAAGAAAUCGGCUAUGUAUGGGGAGUGCAUAAUAAAAGAAAAGGCUGUGAAACAUUAUGAAGCAGGUGUUGGUGCCAUGUCACAGUCACACUUUGACAAGGCUGUGUCCUGUUUCUCAAAGGCCAUUCUACUCCAGCCACAUCAGGUAGAGACUGAGUUUUAUGUCCAGCGAGCAGAAGCAUAUCUUCAGCUGUGUGACUUCCAGUCUGCAGCACUAGAUUACAAACACGCCUGCAGUCUGGAUCUCCAAACUGAGGCCUACCCUCAACAACUCGCCUUCAUCUACUACCUGCAGGGCCAGUGUUGUUUUGAUUUAGGGAAGUUUCUGGAGGCUCUGGAGUCUUUCACAAAAGCUGCAGAACUCAAACCCUCCUUCCGGCCAUAUCACAUGAGAAGUUUGGCUUGUCUGACCGCUCUUGGCCGUUACUCUGACUGUCUUCGGUUGGUCAAUAAUUGGCUGGAGACGGAUGGCCAGUCAGCAGACCUCUUCACUCUGAGAGCUCGCCUUCACCACCAGCUCAAUCAGAUGACUUUGUGCCAUCAUGACUUGAGGUCAGCACUCAGGCUGAAACCGUGCUGUCCAGAGGCACAGGCACUGCUGAAGAGGUUGAAGGAGGCAGCGGAGGAAUCCCAUCAGGCAGCUGUUGAUAAGGCAUUGAAGGAAGAGCUUUCAGAUGCACUGGGGAAAAUAAACACCGCUCUGGUAUAUAACCCCAAUAAAGCACAGUACUACCUCUUUAGGGGGAUUCUGUAUCGGCGCCUGAAAGACUUCACUGCUGCCAUUGAGGACUUGAUUCUUGCUGUUGAAUUCUGUGGGGUUGGAGAAGAUCCUCCUCAAGGAGGCAUGCAGGACAAUUCAGAGGAUUUAGAGGAAGAUGCUCAGACCCAACUCGUACUCACAUACAAUGAUUUUGCCAUUCAGUGCUUCUCCCGGGGUCUGUACGGUGAAGCCAUCAUGCUGCUGAACAAGGCCAUAGAGAAACAGAGAGACGCAAGUGAGCUGUUCAUCAACAGAGGAGAUUGUUUUUUUAAGCAGUGUGAGUGGACUUUUGCGCUGGCUGACUAUCAGCAAGCAGAGGAGAUGGACCCUGACAACACGGAUGUCUGGCUACGACUUGCUGUUAUUCACAAUACACUGGGUCUGCAUAGCUAUGAAGACAAGAACUACCAGGAAGCGGCAGACAAGUAUUCUGUUGCUAUAAGGUACAACCCUGGUGAAGUUCACCACUAUGAGAAUCGAGCCAAAGCUUAUAGCAAAGUGGCCAAAAUGGAGGAGGCCAAGACGGAUGCCAUCAGAGUCCUUAUCUUGGAGCCUACCAAUGAUCAGGUGUUGCCUUUGCUGUCGAGUCUGCUCCCAGGAUGCUCCUUGACAGAUAUUAUUUCCUGUGCCACUGCACAGUCAGUCAAAACCCAGCUGACGGCAAAGAUUCAGGCUUUCAAAUUAGCAGUCUCCAAGGUGUCAAGAAUUGGCAGGAUGGCCCUUGCCAAAGAGGAGAGUCAGUUACAAACAUCCUCACAGAACUUACAGGCUGAAGAUGGUUCAGAGCAGAUGAUGAAGCCAUGCGUCUCUCCAAGAGAGGUGCAAUGCAAGCUAGUCAAGAGAAAACAACAGUUGAAUCAAGCUGUGAAAAGAGCCCUGCAGCAGAGGCAGCCCUUGCACUAUGACGGGCCCCGUCUGGCCUUUAUCCACCCUGUACGUGAAGAGCCUAGCGCUCAGGACCGGCCGUACGUGUGGAGGAAAUUUGGGGGCUUUGGGCUCAAUUGUUGAAGGCUCAUUGGUAUGAAUCAGUCUCAGCGAUCUGUAAUUCCCUUGAUACUUUGGGUUUUAGACUUAAAGGGAUAUUUCAAACAUGUACAUUUUGUCAUCAUUUAGUCACUUUCUGAACCUGUAUGGCUUUCUUUCUUCUGUGGAAAAACAAACAAAGCCAUUUUGAAGAACACUGGAGUCCAAACAUUGGAGUCUGACCAUAACAAAAAAUUCAAAUGUUUUAAAAAAUAUGAGUUUUGCAUACAGAUUUGGAACAAGAUGAAUAUAUGAAUUAUGUAUUAUAUUUCCUUGAAGGUUAGAGAUUGUUUUGGCAUUAUAUUUGAUUGAGUCAAUUCCUUGCUAUAAUGCUGUGGGAGUUGUUUUGUUCAUAGCAGCUGUUGCUGCUCAGAGGUCCUCAGCAGCUGGGGAAACAGCUGAGAAACUGAGCGAGAAAAGAGAACAGUAUAAAAACACCACUGGCAGCUGAUCCCAGACUUUUAUCACAGACGUUUACACUCCCUUGCUAAUAGUGAAACACAUGUUUGCAGCCCCUAGAGGAGACAGCCCGAGAUUUUUUGGCAUUGCAACAAUGGAACAAUCAGACGUCAUUUUCUGACAUUUAUUGUCCUUGUGCAAAAAGAAAACAUACAUGAAAUAAAGACUUCUGUAACUGACCAUUUAGUCCAGUCUACGGUUAUUGUAGACUGUGAAGAGGGCAUUCGCUUAGCUGUGUGGUGAUUUAUAAUCUUCACUUGACUUACAGCUUAUCUGUGUAGACGAUAUGAAGUAACACUCAAUUAUUAUCAUCACAUUAGACCUUAAUCAUUUUAGACGCCUUUUUGAUUUUAACAUGGAUGAAAAUGAGGCAUUGAGGGAUAGACUUACAGUCUUGACAAUGGCAUGCAGUGUAUAAAGGUCCUAGAUCCAUGUCAUUUUUGGCAGCUCACAGCUUUUAAAACUGUUUAAUGGAGUUUUUGUCUACUGACAGCUUUUACUGUAAAUCUGUAUUUACUGUAAAACAGCUUUUACUGUAAAUCAGUAUUUAUUACAAUUAUUUAUUUAUUAAAAUAAAUAAAUAAUGUGCAAAAGUCGUGUAGUGUAUUUCGGCCUACAUUUCAGUUCAGUGUACAACCAGAACACAUAGUGUGGCUUUUGUGUCCCAAAACACACUGGAAAUGUCAGACUUGACCUGACAUUUCCAGUGUGACACAUGAACCAGAAGUGAUGUUACCCACAAUGUUUCCUUCUUAAAAGAAUAGUUCACCCAAAAAUGAAAAUUUUUGAAAAUUUACCAACAAAGAUGUAGUUGAGUUUGUUUCUUCAUCGGAACAGAUUUGGAGAAAUUUAGCAUUACAUCAAUUGCUCACCAGUGGAUCCUCUGCAGUGAAUGGGUGCCGUCAGAAUUAGAUUCCAAAUAGCUGAUAAAAACAACACAAUAGUCCACAUUCACACAACUCCAGUCCCUCAAUUAAUAUCUUGUGAAGCAAAAAGCUGCAUGUUUGUAAGAAACAAAUCCAUCAUAGCCUGAUGGUGAGGAAAUUUUAGUUUUUGGGUGAACCAUUCCUUUAACUGCUUAUUCAUUAUUUGAUUGGACUGCCAAGAGUUAGACGUUUUUACACAAAAUUAGACUAGAUGAUGUUGACUGCACUACAUAAGCUGAAUUAAGCAUACAAUGCAGUGAGGUUAUGAGACAGCAAUGUAGCUUAUUACUCUUUGAAAUAUACAGUAUAUCAUAGCAUAAUGCAUACUCUUUCAUGUGUUAUUUUUUUUUAAAAACAAUAAAUAUUUGAAUCAGUAUGCCUUCGAAAAUUUUGUUAUAAAUUGUGCAUUAAAGGUGGGGUAAGCGAUUUCUGGUAGCCAAUGUUGAUAUUUGAAAUCACCAAAACAAACACGCCCCUACCCAAAAAGGGUAUCGCCCCUAUUUUGAUAGCUCCGCCCCACACAUACGUACGCAUUACGCAUCCCAGGCAACGAUUAGUUCUGUGAAAAAAAGCAAAACCAAUGUUACUCACAGCAACCUCGGCAUCCGCACUGGACUCGAGCGGCUAUAGAACUCAUUAUAAUCACUUAUAAUGCUGUCUACACUGGAUCCCGACAGUAAACUGCUGCUGCGUUCAUUUCAAAUGAUUUUCAACGGUCUCGUCCAGUGUAGACAUACUUUUAGCUGGCGCGGCGCAGCGACAACUGUCACGUCACUCGGCUCGGCUAAUGUCCGUCCUGUGCACUGAGCGCUCUCUCCCCCACAUCAUGAGUAGACACGCCCCUUACUGCUGAUUGGCUACAAGAUUGUUUUGGUACACGGACUUGACUCGUUUUCUAAAAUGGGGUAUGUAUUUUUGAAAAAAUACAUACCCCACCUUUAAAAAGUAUGCUAGUAUUCUAUGUCAAACUUAACCUAGGUUGAAGGUGGUUAAGCUAGUUAUUCAUUUUCAACUCUUAUGAAGCAUAUCUAAAACCAGCUAAUUAAGAUGUUUGGGUUGACUUAAAAAGUUUUUAGAACAGAGGUAUUUUUUUCUUGAAGAAGUUUAGGAGCUGUUACAUGCAACAAUACAAGUUUGGGAUUGUUACAUGCUGCUUUGUUUAUUUGUCAUCAUUUGUAUGCAUAAAGCAGAUGAGCUCAUGUUUGUCUCCAGGUCACUGUGAGUGGAGCCGUCACACAAGGCCUCAUGCCUCUAGAGGGCCUCGUCUGCUGUGUAUACAACUCAUUUUCAUGAUGUUAGUUUUAUGAAAACUUUGUGUUUCUGUAGUGCAGGUUUCAUUCUUUCUCUAAACAAUGAAACAUUUUGCGUGAUCACAUAUUGUGAUGUCUUGAUGACUAAGACGUGUUUGCAUGCUUGCAUAUGUGCUUUGUUACUUUAUUGGGUUUGCUGGAAAUAAAAUAUCUGAAAAUCAGGUGGAGUGCUUCUGGAUGAGCACGCUGAA